AAAUUUGACUUUCACCGAUAAAACCUCGAACUUUGUUUUUUGGGUUUCUCAAAGAUCGAAACUUUGGGCGAAAACAACGAAAAGAUCGAGGCUUUGAGGCUCGUCGAAAAGCUGGCAAAACGGGAAUCCCGUUUUCCUUCGUCGUCGUCUUCGUUUUCUAUAUUUUUUUUCCUUCUGGGUAUGAGCGUUGUUCUUUCGAGCUUGACAGAGUGAGUUUUGUUGGGAUUUUUGCAGAAUGUGUGAAAGACUAAAACCCAAAUUCAGGAGACCCAGUUCGGCGGAGGCGUUGAAAUCGCAUAAUCCGCCUCUCUUCUCAUCCAUCCCACGGAAAUUUUUCGUCUCGAAGAAUUUCGCAUUGGUUACUGUCUCCGUGUUCGUCGUUUUCGCCUUUGUUAACACCUUCCUCUUCCCCGGUUUUCACUCUGAUGCCUCGGAUUGGGGUCUGGUUCGGCGUAGUCUCGUGGAAUUUACGGGAAGAUCGAACAGAGUGAAGGUGUACAUGUACGACUUGCCCACGAAGUUCACAUACGGAGUGAUCGAGCAGCACGCCAUAGCUCGCGGCGGCGGACCCGCCGGAGACGGAGACAUCACCUCGCUGAAGUACCCGGGUCACCAACACAUGCACGAGUGGUUCCUCUUCUCGGACUUGAACCGACCCGAAAACAAACGGGUCGGGUCGCCGGUCGUCGGGGUCUCGGACCCAGCAGAGGCGGAUCUGUUCUACGUCCCGGCUUUCUCUUCUCUGAGCCUGAUCGUGAACUCCGGUCGAACCGCGGUAAACGGGUCGGGUUACAGCGACAAGGAGAUGCAGGAGAGCUUGAUGGAUUGGUUGGAGGGUCAAGAAUGGUGGCGGAGAAACAGCGGGAGGGAUCAUGUGAUUGUCGCCGGCGACCCCAAUGCUCUGAACUGGGUCGUGAACCGGGUCAAGAAUGCGGUUCUGCUUGUGUCGGAUUUUGGCCGGUUAAGACCCUACCAGGGUUCGCUUGUGAAGGACGUAAUCAUACCCUAUUCUCAUCGGAUUGAUUCGUACGAAGGUGAGCUCGGGGUGAAGAACAGGAACACCUUGUUGUUCUUCAUGGGAAACCGAUAUCGCAAAGAUGGAGGCAAAGUCCGAGAUUUGCUUUUCAAGGUGCUCGAGAAUGAAGAGGGUGUUAUAGUUAAACAUGGAACACAGUCAAGAGAGAACAGACGAGCUGCUAAGACAGGGAUGCACACUUCUAAGUUCUGUCUGCAUCCAGCCGGUGAUACUCCAUCUGCUUGCAGACUAUUCGAUUCCAUAAUGAGCUUGUGCGUCCCCGUGAUCAUAAGCGACGAGAUUGAGCUACCCUUUGAGGAUGUCAUAGACUACAGAAAGUUUUCCAUCUUCAUCGGGAGCAACACAGCUCUGAAGCCGGGUUUUCUGGUUAAGAAGCUGAGAAAAGUGAAACAAGACAAGAUUCUGCAAUACCAAAAGGAGAUGAAAGAGGUGAGGAGAUAUUUUGACUAUAAGCGUCCAAGUGGAGCGGUGGAUGAAAUCUGGAGGCAAGUUAUCCAGAAGCUACCACUCAUCAGACUGAUGAUCAAUCGCGAGAAACGCAUCGUCAAGAGAGCAUCAAGCUGCUCUUGCUUAUGCUCAAAUCGAACAAGGAUUAUCCAUAGGUAGAGGUACAUGUUCAUAGAAACACCGCCCUUCGAUUCAUAUUUUUUGUUCUUUGAUUCCUCUGUUCUAUUUUUUGGCCACAUUCAUCUUGUUCUCUGUAUAUUAGUUGUCACCAACAAUUACACUCCUUUUGCUGUACUGCCAUUUCUUCAUGAGCUUGAAGUGAUCCCAUAAAAUGGGUUUAUUUGGGUUGA